AUGGGCGGAGAAUUCGAGCCCUUGAAGAAUGACCUCCUGCUGAGGGCAGCUUGGGGUCAGGAUGUCGAGCGAACGCCCGUCUGGAUCAUGAGGCAGGCUGGCCGCUACCUCCCCGAGUACCACGAAGCCAAAGGCAACCGCGAUUUCUUUGAGUGCUGCCGCGAUCCCGAGGUCGCAUCGACCCUCACGCUCCAGCCCAUUGAGCGCUUUGAAGGCCUCCUCGAUGCCUCGAUCAUCUUCUCCGACAUCCUCGUCAUCCCGCAGGCCAUGGGCAUGACCGUCGAGAUGAUCGACAAGAAGGGCCCGCACUUCCCUCAGCCUCUGACCUCGCCCGACGACGGCCAAUACGAAAAGGUCCUCAAGAAGCAAGUGGACGUUGCUGCAGAGCUAAGCUACGUCUACAAGGCCAUCACGUUGACCAGGAGGAAGCUGAGAGGACGUGUGCCUCUGAUCGGCUUCUGCGGUGCCCCAUGGACCCUGCUCGGGUAUAUGGUGGGCGAUGCAGGCUCAAAGACGUACAAGGAGAGUAAAACAUGGAUCUAUCGCCACCCCAACGAGGCCAAGGCGCUAUUACAGAAGAUCUCCGAAAUAUGUGUUGAGUAUUUGGCCUUACAGGUUAAGGCGGGAGCCCAGGCGAUCCAAGUGUUUGAUUCAAACGCUGGAGAGCUGUCUCCUGCUGCGUUCAAGGAGUUCAGCGAACCCUACUUGGCGUACAUCGCAAAGCAUCUGCCAUCGAAGCUCCAGGAGAUGGGUCUGGAACGCGUACCCAUGAUCGUGUUUCCCAAGGGCGCCACCGCCAUGCUUGACUCGGUCUGCAACAUCGGCUACAACGUCGUUGGAAUCGACUGGUUGGUCGACCCCGAAGAAGCCGUCAAAAUCCGUGGAAACAGGCCCAUUGUGUUCCAGGGCAACGCGGACCCUGCCAUUCUCUACGGCACACACGAGAACAUUACCAAGACUGUCGAGCACAUGGUCAAGGGAUUCUUCGGUGGCGGCAAGAAGGGAUGGAUUGGCAACCUCGGCCAUGGUAUCACCCCCUUUGUGAAGCCUGACGAUCUCAGAUUCUAUUUGUCGGAAAUUCAACGAUUGACCAAGUCUUGA